AUGCAAGACUCCUAUAAGGUGACCUUUACUGAGGUCGGUCCCUCGCGGAUACCCGAGCUGUAUGCAAACGGUCUCAUGCCGGCUCCUGUCAGGGUCGGCGUCCAGGUUUACAAGGAUGACAAACGCCUUGACACCAACCUUGAAUGGUUCCAUGAACAUGUUCGCCUGAUCAAUGCUGAUGACAAGGUCGAGCUACAGAAUUGGACUAGCGAGGACCCAGCCACAAAAUGGGUCAGCAAGUUCGAUGAUGGAGGGUGGGAGCACGCAAGCACAAGUCUGGCGGUAUCCCAGGAAGAUAAAAAUUCUCCUAUCGAAGCUGUCGUGAUAUAUGUCGCGACCGGAACCACAGGUGGGCGCAAGAUUGCAGCUCAGGUGAAAAUUGGGAACGAGAAAUGGACGAGCAUUGACGAAGAAAAUCAUAAAUCGGUUCAAAUUACUGCGGUCACACCAAUCCAUUACAGCGUUGCUGAUAUUAAAACGCCAAUUCCGUCGCAACAAAUCAAGAAGGGGCCUUGGAGGGAUAAUGGGACGGGUGAAUGGACUCAAACAAACUGGUACAUCACGAAUACGCGUUUUCCAGAGUACGAAUUCAGGAAGGGUGUUAUUUACAACAUUCCAGAGGUGGGCGUUAAAGAUGGGUAUAAACAAGUCGGGCUUAAAGGCUGCUUCCAACUGAAGGACGGUCCCGACUCUUACAGUAUCACGACCAGACAUUGGUACGCGUCGUACGAUAGUGAGAGCACGACUAUGAAAGUGGGCGCUCUCAGCAAAUCCAACAGCGUGGGGAGUACCACACAGAUCACGAUCAAUCAACGACUCGGAACUUAUGUCGUAGUCUUGUUUGAGACAGACCCGAUAUGGGCACUGCAAAGUGUUCCAGCUUUUACCAGAAGCGAUGCCUACGUUCGAAUCUAUGACAAGUACGGCAACAGGGGCAAUUUCGCGCUCUCAACCAAAAACAAGUACCUGGAUCUUGUGGUGAAAGACUAUGCAGGGUCUCUCGCAGAUGAGAAUACCGAAAGUCACGCCGAGGUCGACGAGGAAACCAAGCCCCUUCCCGAAUGGGUCAAGGAUCUUCCUGCUAAUGUGCAAGGCCGAUUGUCUAGCCUCAGUGUGCAAGAAGUCAUCGACGCCCUUCCUCCGGGCCACGCCGCCAUUCAGCCGCUGUCGGAUAACUUGUUGAAACGCCGAACCCAGAUUGGGGACGGCUUGAACUGA